CGCUGAUCACGGUCUACUUAACAUAUUGAGCACACAACUCUCGAAUGAAAGAGAGGAUAUAUGAUUUCAUCGUACUUGAUGACGAGAAGUUCUGCAGCUCCUAGUAAAUCUAACAGGAACGAACUGGGAUUCAUCAAGAAACAGAAAGAAACCACGUCAUGUUGACCACAUGUACAAAGUCUUCACAGGCCAGAUCCACAAUGCUGCAAAUGAAAGUGAAACUCGUAUCUCGGUUGUUGCAUUUAUUUUUGGCUUUGGAAAGCAGGAUGUUGUAUGUUGAGUUGUAUUCGCAAAAUUAGAAGGUCACAGUCAGUCAAACUCAUACCAACACGCGAAAGAGCUGCACAAGAACCCGAUGAAGAGUACACAAAUCUUCACAGUCGUCGGGUCAGUAUCAGUAAUAAAAUUUAAAAUGCUGGUGUCUCAUAUACAGUGGGACGAUUAGAAGUAGAUAAGAUCUUGCACUUCGGUUGAACAAAACGCGUCGAAGAAGUUCCACUUCUUUCGCACUCGGUCUGUAGAAUUAUAGAAGAUACCUGGAGAUCCCGGUUGAGCGCGAUCGAUCUCCUGCAAAAGAACCUCGGUUGGUGUACAACAGCACAGGUCUCAUAUUCGACGCGCGUGCUGCACAUGCAAUUUUUAUCGAGUGCACCAGUAGACUCCACGAAGUCCGUCGAAGCCAUGGAGCAGCAGCCAUACGCAAAACGAGAAGAAAAACAAAGCACCUGCAAUGACCAGAGGUGUGAAGAUUCUGAUUUUUCGAAAGCCUUUUCUAUAAUCUUGGAGAGCGGCACGCAAGAUGAGAGCUGGAGGUUCCGGCGGGACCUGCUACUAGAGCGGACGCGAGAGGAGUAGCAACGCCUCAACGUUCUAUCAUGCCAAUUUCUUUUACUAUUACUUAAUAAACAACAGCUGGCGUUUCCUAGUUGGCGUUUUGGCCUAUUAGUAUUAACUCACACUACAAAUACAACACUUGAAAGAUUGACAACAUUGGCAUUGCGCCACAACUAUCAUUUUUACACGCACCAACCAUUGCACAUACGACAUCAAAAAUCCUCUUACAUCGGCCUCCGUGUCCAACAUUCAUGAACUCCAAACGAUCUUCAUGUAGAUGUUUCUCUCUCGUCUGCUGUCGUCAAAAUAAUUAUGUCAAAAGGAGACAAAGCAUCCAAUCAGCACCUUUAUGAAUGUAUCGUCAAACUACGCGACGCAGCAGCCCGAGAAGUAGAGGAAGUACCAGGUAAAGAACGAACAAGCUCUACAACGGCCUACUCCGACGUGGUCCCCGAUAACUCGGACCACUCUGCAUAUGGAAGUGUCAGGAGCGAGAUUGACAAAGUCGAAAAAUUUGUGAUGCACAACAUUGAUGUCAGUUGGAGCCUCAGUUUCCAAGUGGCGCAUGACAAAUUUCGGGAGCACCCAAAUCCAGCCUGUCAUGCUGUUUGGGCAAAGAAGACUGCUCCUGUUAUGCUACUCUGGCAGCGCAUUUUGUUGCGCCCCUAAACGCUAAACAGGCUUGUAAUCGGUCUCAUUUGCCUGCUCCCCAAUACAGGCCUUCAGUGCCCUAUAUUUUAUGCAUCACAAAUUUUUCGAUUUUGUCGAUUUCGAUCCUGACGCACCCACUCUGCAGCCAGUUCUUCACACCAGCAAGAAGUAGAUCAACAACUCCACCUCGAGUUUUCCCAGAAACUUGUGAUAAAAAGUAGCCCGGACGACGAAGAUUUUUAUCCUGCUCCGUUUGCACCGCCGGAGAGAACGGCAGGAGCUUCUUCAACCCUUAACAAAACAAGCAACAAAAGCACAGGCAUGAUCGUCCUUGCGGGCGAUGUGGGUGGGACAAACACCCGCCUGCAGCUGACCGAGCACCUUGACAGCCCCUUCAAGUCGAAGUCUACGAGCGUUGGCGCGGCGCAAAUCCAGGGUUUGCUGAGCCAGAGUCCCCGUUCGGUCUCCGAGUUCUCCUCGCACAGCCUCGCGGCGAGUUCGCACUUGAAGUACCAAAGCAACUACCGGAACUCGGUGCGGGUUCUGUUCGACCGACGGUAUAAGGCCGCGGAUUAUAUGGGGUUAGAAGAGAUAAUUAUCAAAUUCUACCAAAUGUAAAAGUGUCUGGGUCUGGAAGAAUGCAACUUGUAAUGCGUAUUUCAGAACACAGAAAAGUCUCUCAUGCAUACGUAGCAAAAGCUCCCACUUUUUGCCAGCAAAAUAGGGGACUUGUCAUGCGGAUUCGGCAUUGCGGAAGGUUCUCGAAACCUGUGAUGCCAGGGCUUCCAUGCCAGACCUUCUGUGUCAUGCAAAAACAGCAUGACUCUUCCAGACCCAGACAUUUUUACAGUUGAUAAAUUCCUGGCAGAAGCAAAACAACACUUCCAGACCAACGCGUCGGCUUCCCCGAUGACCGCCGGCGCAGGGGCGAGUGCUUCUGGCACGACCGGGGGCGCAACUACGACUUCUAUGGCCGCUGCUGCAGCGAAGAGUACUAACCCCCGCGAGACCACCAACAGCAACAGCCCAAAACGAACGGGCAGCAAUAGCAAAAUAGCGUCUUCUACCGCGCCCCCAGCGAUCAAUGUCUCCGCGUGCUGCAUUGCGGUCGCGGGGCCGGUGGUAAAUGGCGAGGUGGAGUUCACGAACUUGCCGUGGAAUGUGCGAGAGGACGAGCUGGCGGAGUGUUUAUCGUUAGAGCCCACCCGGGUGCGGCUCAUUAACGAUUUCGUCGCGAAUGGGUACGGGAUUGAAACGCUGGAAAUCCGGGCGGAAAAGACCUCUUCCAGCCCCCCCACGGUGGAAAAGGUGCUACGGGAUAAGCCGGACGUGCUGUGUCUGCAGGAGCCGCUAAACGACCACUCGCUGGAAUCGACCGCGAAUUCGCCAAUCGCCACGAUCGGGGCAGGAACCGGAUUGGGCUACGGAAUUGUCGUGAGGGUAUAUAAUUUGGCUCUAGUACUACGGAGCCGCCCGUGCGAGCUGUUCAUGAUCUGAGUUCUUACUUGCACGGAUUUUCAUUUUAUUGCUCGAAAGUUUGUGGACCUUGCACUUCAUUCAUUCUUUCACGUUUCAUCGUCCUCUGCAACGUCGGUAGACACAAUAGCUUUAUUGGGUAGUUUUUUGGAGGAUUUCUUCAUAGCGACUCUAACCUUCUCUCAGGAUCCGGUGUCCGGCACAACCACCAACGUAUACCCUUCAGAGGGUGGGUAUGGAAGCGUCAGAAUCGAAAUUGACAAAAUCGAAACGAUUUGUCAUGCAUCAAAUGGAUUCCAGUUCGAACCCAGUUUCUAAGUGGCGCAUGACAAAUUCUGGUGGUGCCUGCAUCCAGUUUGUCAUGCUGUUUAGGCAAAGAAGACUGAUUCUCUUAUGCUGCUUUAGCAGCUCGAGCUAUAACCCCAAACAGGCUUACAAUCGGCCUCACUUGCCUGCUCUGCAACACACGUAUUUCGCGGCAUGCAUUUUAUGCAUCACAAAUUUUUCGAUUUUGUCAAUUUCGAUCCUGACAGUUCCAUAGUGGGCACAUGGAUUUCGCCCCCGUGGACGACGAGCAGUUAGGAUUGUUUGCUUUUUUGAAGUAUCAAAUGUAAAAAUGUCUGGGUCUGGAAGAAUGCAUUAGACAAGGAAAAUCGCAGAAGUUCAUCAAAAAUCGAACACCCCCCUGCCCGGGGCUCCCGGGGAAUAUAGUUGAUUUGUGUGGGCCCCAACCAUCUUGCAUCUCCCACCAGCGGAGCCCGCCCCGCCAUGCACUGUCGCUGGCAAGUGUGUCGCUUUUAGUUCUCACACCUGCGCAUGUACUAGGCAAAACGCCCCCGACAUUUGCUCUGCAGCCUUGCUCCGGUUCAAAGGCGCCCGCCUAUGAGAGAACAACUCGAAGGGGUUUGAAGGUGGUGCGCUUUUGAAAUGAGUCCCAUUGUUCCGAAAACGUUCCCGGCCCCCGUUUCUUGUCCCGUCACAGCGCGGAACCCUUCCAGCCUGCCGCCUGAAUCGCUCGCACAGCCCGGAUAAUGUAGAGCAGCGCCAUCAUAUUCACCAGCAGAACCCCCCAGAGCGCCAGUAACAAACCAACAGCCGCCCAGUUUUUGUCCCCGCCCCGGCCCGGCUGCCGGAAGUGCCGGGCACCGGCGUCGCCGAAGGUGCCGCGCGCCUGUCGGAAGUCGGCGGCGAGGCCGCCCACGAUGUCAGUGGCGUGGCCCGGUGCGAUGCACUUUGAGCGCGCGGCCUCCGCACGAUGGCCGGAGGCCGCCCGAACGUCUCGCCCCAGUCUGGAAAGUUUCCGGCAGAGGCAGAAGCGCGCGGCCUUUUGCCCGCCUUCGCUGCGAUCGGUUUUUUUGCCCGGCGGCCGGGGCGGCGGCCGGUCCGAAGGGGGGCAGCUUGGCGAGCAACGGCUUGGCUCCGGGGCCGCCGGCGUUCUUGUUUCGCAAAAGCGAAAAAAGCUGCUUCCGCGGCCGCCGAGGGCCCCAGCCGGGCAGCCAAAGGGGCCCCCUUCUUUGCGAAAAAAAGCACCCCCAAAAAGCACCCCCCUUGGAAAGCCUUUCCCCCACCUAAAACUGAAGAAUUCCGCGCCCAAAAAAGUACCCCCCUAGAGCACCCCCCUGGGGGCCCCCCCCGACUUCGCCUUCGGACAAGAAAUCCUCCCGACCUUCUCUUCUCGCCUUCUUCGCUUUACUGCCUUCGCGCCCGCUAUGUCUUAAAGACAAUCACACCCCAAGACACCCACGGCCGAGGGCCUUUAGGAGAAAGAACGUCGCGCCGCCUGUUCUUCGCAGCCAAGGCGGGCGCAAGGCCGCGCGCUUUUGCAUCUGCCAAGAACUUUCGACAACAGGAGACGGGACGGUCGGGGCGCCUCCGGUCAUCGGGCGGAGGCCGCAUCCGCAAAACGUAUCGCAUCGGCCCAGGCCAAUGGCACCGCGGCCGGCCUUGCCGCCGAUUUCCGACGGAGGCGCGGCGCUUUCGAAAGCGCAUGCGCCCGGCGCGUCCGGCAACCGGGCCGGGGCUGGGACGCAGGCUGGGCGGGUGCCCGUUUGCUCCUGGCGCUUUGGGUGGUUCUGCUGGUGAAUGUACUGGCGCUGCUUUACAUAUUUCGAGCUGCGCGAGAGAUUCAAGUGAGAAAGUGGAAGCGCUCUGCCCUGCGACAGGACAAAAAAUAGGACCCGGGAACGCUUUCGGAACAAUGGCGCUGAUUUCGAAAGCGCGCCAUCUUCGAACCCCUUCGAGCUGUUCUGUCAUAGGCGACCUCCUUUGAACCGGAGCAAGGCUGCAGAGCAAAUGUUGGGAUCGCGUCGGCUAGUACAUGCGCAGGCGUGAGAACUAAAAGCGACACGCAUGCCAGCGGCAUGGGAUGGCGGGGCGGGCUCCGCUGGGGGGAAAUGCGCGAUGGUUGGGGCCCACACAAAUCAACUAUAUUCCCCGGGAGCCCCGGGCAGGGGGGUGCUCGAUUUUUGAUGAACUUCUGCGAUUUUCCUUGUCUGAAUGCAACUUGUCAUGCUAAAUCUGAAGCAUGCAAGAAUCUGUGUUGCAUGAUUACCAAAAGUCGUCCAGUUUUGGCCAAGUCGGGAGGGAGUUUCUCAUGCAGGAUAGGCAUGAGAGAGAUCGCGCAGAAUCUGUCACGCUAGGUCCUGCAUUCCCGGCCUCAUGGGUCAUGGAAAAGCUGCAUGACAAGUGAGUCGCGCACUCUUCCAGACUCAGACACUUCUGCAUUUGAUAUGAAGAAGAAGCUGCACAGAGUCUCUGCGGAACGCGUCUGCUGCGGGCCAGGCAUCGUGAACAUUUACAAGUAUGUCAGGGAAAAUCCCCUGUAUAACACGCCAGAAGAUCCGUGUCUGAAGCGGGAGAUGUGCAAGGUAUACAGAAGUCACAAAAUGAGAUUAUUUGAUGUCAUGCACCUGUGUUGACAGGAUGAUGUCGAUGACUUGACGAUGAUAUGUAUAAAAUGAAUUGGAUCCACCUCAUGGCAUUUUCUGAUGAAAAGAAAAAAAAACAGGUUCGCGAAAUUGAUCAGCCUGCUCUGAUUUUCGAAUACGCAAAGAAAGGAGACCCAAUGUGUCUGCGAACGCUCGACAUAUUCAUAAAGGUGCGUUUAUUUUCCAAUUGAAAUUUUUCUUUUUUGUUGAAGAUGGUGUUGAUGAGUAUGCCUAUGUUCGUCUUGUAUCCCAUCCAUAAAAAAUAAAUCGAAAUCCCUAAACAAUCCAGGUGUAUGGUACUAUUGCCGGCAACUGGGCGCUCGCCACGGUACCAAAGCAGGGCCUCUUCAUUCUUGGGGGUAUCGGACCGAAGAUGGCCAAGGAGCUCAGCGACGGCCGGUUCAUUGACAAGUUUCGCGAUAAAGGUCGCAUGACCGGCGUAGUGCGGGACGUGCCGGUCUAUUUGGUACUCAACGGCGAUGUCGGGUUGCAGGGCGCUUCGGUGUACGCUGCCAGGUUGGUGUACGGGAGCUAAAAUAUUCGUAGCGUCUUUGUUAUUUCGUACACAGUUCGUGCUCUUCCAGGCUGUUUGAUGUGUUUCUUUUGAAGCGACGAGAUUAAAAGUGAUGCUCCAGCGAGAGUGAUUUUCCUUCUGUCUAAGAAGGCGGGUGUACUGGUUUGGUCUUGACUUUGACAGUAUUUUCAUCUCCUGAUGAAGAAUUGUCUAUGUCUUCGGCAACAUACCGAGCGGAAUCUCACCUGCUUUGCUUGGAUGAGAGGAAGGUUUCUUCUGUACCUGCCUGCCAGGAAGAGAACUAAGUCCACGAAGAAGAACAAACUGCUUUAGCCCCUAUACCCUCCCACCGUCACCCGGUGGGACAGGAACGCCGACCGCCAGUAGACCAACCAGCGGGCAGUUGCAGUACUCGGGAGCUGUCUACCUGGGCGCAGCCGCUUCAGCGGAUCAAAUCUGAUGAGCUCGUUUCGCUGCGGCUAUUCGUAUUCCGAUUUUACUUUUCGAAUUUUUGAAGCAUUUGCCCAUGAAAUACUGAAGACGAGCAAGAAAAACUACGUAAGUACCGAUUUAUUGCGCAAGAUGAAGCAUUAACCAAGAUGAAACAUCGAGAUGAAAGGAAAAUCUUGAAAACUGGGGAAGAAAAACAAAAAAUCCAUAUGGAAAAAAAGUAUAUCCGUUUUGCAUUAGCGCACCCCAGUAGAAGAAAAAACAAUGUGUAAAAUACAAUUUUCCCGAAAAAGUUGUCCCCUUCUUGAUGUGGUGCUUGCCACCUGAUCAUUCAAAUGUUCCAUAAAUUGGAAUGGAAUCAAGAGGAAGCGCUGCAUCGGGGGACUGUAAAAAUCAUUUCAACAUCAACAUCUUCCAAUGAAAAAACAGUUGCACACACACGAAUUCCGUAAACCGACGCGCAUAAUUUUGAGAAACACUUGGUGAUAGUGAUGAUGAAGACAUUCAUCAUAAGAUCUCGUGUCCCACUGUAGCACCAGCUACCUGCAAGAGAUGGAUGAGCAAACGGGAAU